AUGGUUGCGGAGGCUGCCGGCGACGAGGCUGCCACCCCGCCCAGGACCGCGCUCACGUUUCUGGAUCUCCCGGCCGAGACUCAACAGGAGAUUUUGUCCCAUUGCUCUCAGUCGGAUCUGAUAUGUUGCGCGCUCGUCUCCCGGCACUUCCACGACCUCGCCUCUGCUCAGCUCUACCGCAGCUUCAACAUUCUCUUCCCAGAUGACGACGAUGUCAGAUUCGAGUCACCCAUCGAUGGCCUCGCAGGUGGCCUUGACACCUUCACCACGAGCGAGUACAACUAUGCCAAGCAUCUCAGGGAACUGUCCAUGGAUACGGUGAGCACUGGCAUUAAGGCUGAACAUGCCUAUAAACCGUAUCUAUACAGUGCUAGUUGCGGCAAGUUUCUGAACACUCUUCUCUACCUGACCCUGAAGAAGGCCAAGUCGCUCGAGACCUUCAGGUGGAACAUCCGAGUCGAACUCAGUAGACCUGUCUACCGAGAACUACACAAGAUCAGGACAUUGACCAAAUUCCACAUUCGCAUGCAAGCUGGAGAGACCUAUUACACGACGCCGCCCCCUCUUCCACUGGUCAUUGACGAACCUCCACCAGUGACUGCUCAUUAUUAUGACAUCCCUCCGCCUCCGCCCCCACCGGUCUUCUCAGCUCCUCUCGCUGGCGUGAACUCGGGACCGGUUUUGAGCGCUUCGCCUCCUUCCAUGCUGCCCCUGUCGAAGCAGUUUUCCAAGUCAAAGAUUGGAAAACGUGGGUCAGAGGCUCAGGAGCCCCCAACACUUUCAGGAUUCAAGAGACUAAAAAGCCUCUCCGUCCUUGACAUAGACAGUCUCGAGUCGGUAACUGAGCUGAAAGCAUGUGUUAGAAACUCAGCCUCAACCCUCACUGAGUUGCACCUGUCCCUCUCUGAGUCAAUGGCGCUGCAGGCGAGGCGACCGCCGCCCGAUUCUGAUCCGGAUGAUUCCGACGUCGACGAUGAGUUCCAGGUUGUCCCCGCUUCUCAAAGCACCAAUUUCGAUGCAACUGGCCCUGCAAAGACAUUCCGUUCUCAAGAGGAACGCAAGCUUCAAGAAGCUAUCCUAGGGAGGAUCUUGGAUGUUGAAUCAUCCAUCACUAAGAAACCGGCAUUGCAUCACAGCCCCCGGGAUGUGGCGUGCAGUCAACCAGAAGGCCAGGAGUCGGACAACAAUGGCAACUCGGCCGACCCUCGUGACGAGUUUGUAUCAUCUAUCAAGAGUGUGUCUUCAAAGUUGAUGUCGCAUGUCAACGGUUCUCGUGACUUCACCUCUGCGCAACAGGACAUUUUGGAUAUGAUCGAAAAGGCUGCAAGAAAGUACGCAGAGUCUUGCGAACAGCCAUCUCAACAGCCUGAUGGACCAUCUGAUAGCGGCUCAACGCCGCCUAAAGAUGGUGAAGCGCAACCGGCUGAGAAAGAUGCCAGUUCGGAUUCAGAGACCAAGCCUUCGGUAACCUUACCUGAUCGAUCCAAAAACAAGGCAUCCAACGGCGAUUUGUCCCCCGACGACAUCGAAAUUGAGCAUUUGGAUAUGGUGGAAGACAUGGAUGAGGAGUCGGAUGAACAGCAAACCAAGGAUUCGGAUGACAAGCAACCUGAACCGCAACCCCAAGAAACGUCAGAGCCGGCUUCUUCCUCGAAGACGCCAUCGAAGACGCCACCCCCUAUCUCUAAAUCCAGCCUCAAGAAACUGGCAACCGACGCCGAAGUCCAUAAAGUCCAGAAAGAACUCAACGAAAAGCCACUGGCAAACAGUGCUGAGCUGCAAAAGUCGAUGGACGACUAUAUCCGACAAACACGCGGAAUCGCCCUUGAAACUCUGGGAAUUCACCUCAUCCCGGUCAAAGCCUCAGUCCUGUCGAGGGCCAUUGACCUGAGGUGCAUCAGGAACUUGACCCUCCUCAAUGUGGGAAACCAGAGUCCAAUCUGGACGAUGCUUUCCAAGGAGAACAAGAUCCACCCGCUGGCGUUGCGGAGCGUGUUUACGGACAACGUGUCGACAGCAUUCCUCACCUGCAUGUCUCAGCUGGAUGAGCUCCAUGAUCUCUUCAUGCUGGAACGAAGCCCCAAGUUCAAGCCCGAGAGCUUCGCACCUCGAACCACUGUAACGAUUGAUCAGAUUCGCCGACUGGUGCUGAAGAAGCACAUGCCCACACUCAAGAGGCUCAUGAUCAAGGACGAGUCCAACAGUUCUGUCUGGGAUGCCAACCAAAAGGCAAUGAUUCUCAUCUGCAACCGCGGAGCACAGCUGGAGGAGCUGGCUCUGAGUAUGAACAUUCACGCGGUGCAUGCCUUUAUGCAAUACUUUGCUGGGUUGGUCAAUCUUCGUGCCAUCAACAUCCUGCGAUUCAGGAAUAAUGACACUUGUAUCUGGGUCAUGCGCGAAAUUCUCAACUUUAUCGUGGACAACCUCUCACACCAUCCCGAGUUGAAGCUGGAGUGGAUCGCAAUGGAAGAUGACAGGCUAGACCGAGUCAUCAGGCCUUCGGACACUCCUGAAGAGGCGCCCAAGAGGAGAGACAAGGGCAAAGAAAAGCUGUCUAUGGGUCUUCACCAUAAUGACAGCGCUCUCCCCGUGCUGCCGGCUUGGGCGUCCGAUAGUGAAAGCGAUGAAGAUGACGACGACGCGUCAAACUGUGGAAAGCGACUUCGGCUCAAAACAGUUGGGGUGUUGCAGUUUUUCGAAGUUUGGGGGGUCAGAAUCUUUGACAAGGAGAUUCGGACUGGACGACUGUAA